CCCACGAUAUUACCACAACCAACCCAAACACCCUUCCCUCCCUCUCUGUUACGUUAUCUUCUUCUUAGGAGCUCCUCAGUGGAUAGGGAUACGGAAAGUAGCAGAGGAGGUCUGCUUCCCGAAACCAGAGGUUCUCUGUGCUGCUAUAGACUAGCUUGUAGUAACCGCGACGUGCUCUCUCAGGCUCAGCCCACUGCCGCCUCCGCCCAGUCUCGGUUCUCUUUUGUUCUUCUCGAGGGAGGAAGAAGAGAAUAGAAUAGGAGAGGAUUGAGCUUACAUGCACUGUGUGGAGCCAUGGAGGGUACGUUGUCGAAGGGUUGUAUGAAGCGGACGGAGCACGUCGACGUGACGCCGAAGCCCCUCCCGCCGCGUUCGCAGGAGCGCACCGUCAGGAUCUUCUGCGACGACUACGAUGCCACUGACUCCUCCGGCGACGAGGUCGACCGCCGCGGUGCCGUCCGCCGCUACGUCCAGGAGAUCCGCUUCGAACCCCGUCCCGCGGGCGGCAGAAAGGGCAAGCCAGCUAGGAAGAGGAAGAAAGUGGACGCCUCCGGUGUCUCCGCCUGUGGCAAGGCCGGUCCCGUGUUCCGCGGCGUCCGGCGACGGCCCUCGGGCAAGUACGCGGCGGAGAUCCGCGACCCGUGGCGGCGCGUCCGGGUGUGGCUCGGGACCUACGACACCGCCGAGGAGGCCGCGAUGGUCUACGACUCGGCCGCCGUCCGGCUCCGCGGCACCGACGCCACCACCAACUUCUCCGCUGCGCCGUCUUCCCUGACGCCCCAUGAGAAGUGCCCCUUGGGUACCGACCUCACUUCCACGACUGGCGGAUUCGAUUACAGCCGGAAAUCGCACAACCUCUCCUCCCUAACCUCCGUCCUCCGCGACGUCUUCUCCUCAUUCGCUGACGAGAACGGUGGUUUACUCACCACCGACAUCACCAUACCAGACGGCGUGGUGGGCGACUUUUUGCCCUUCGAGGAGGCGAUGCCGAGUCUCUUCGACGAUCCGACGGAGACACUAACGGGCGGUUUGUUCGGUUCCGAGCCGUUCAAGGAAGACGAUUGUUUCCAGGGCGACGGCGACUUGUUCCCGAUCGAAUCGCUCACAGCCGUUUGAU